AUGGAGAAAAGAAAUUUAACUGUUGGUGCUUUUUCGGUUCCUUAUGCUGAUGGCUUUGUUGAAGAGGAUGGCGAAAUCGUUCCUAAAUUGAAGUCGCUUAAACGACUUGCAGCAAUAAUAACUGAUUAUGGUCCUUUUAAUUUGAAAUUUCAUUUACCAGAAACUGGUCAAUUAGGUAUUGUUACAGAGACUGGUUAUCAUGAUGGUGUUUUGGGUUUGAUGCAAGAAGAGAAAGUGGAAAUGUGUUUCUUACCAUUGGCACUGGACACUGUAAAAGCGCCCGGUGGAUUCACACCCGUUAUAUCAGAAGAAAGCUAUUACAUCAGUUCAAUUCGCAAUUUGAAUGAUGGUACUUCAGCUGUUGUUUCUAGUUUAGCGUCAGUCAACACGAUUCCCAUAAUAUUAGCUAUUUUAAUCGUUUUGCUAUUGGAAUUGGUUGUUACUAAGCACUUCAACAUUGAAUCCAUUGUCAAUGUCAUCUAUCAAUCCUUUGGUACUUCAUUUUAUCAGAAUUUAUCUCGACAUUCAGCAUGGUUUUGCCUCAUUCUAAUGAUUAUCCUAAUGUUUCCUGUUUACAUUUUCGAUGCUUCAUUCAGCACUCAAACUAUUGUCGGGACUAAUGACGUUAAAAUUGAUACAUUGAGAGAUGUCAUCACCUAUGGCAAGAUUUCAUUCUUUAUAGAAGGUAUUUCUAUGUACGAUUGGUUCAAAGCUAAAGUCACUAAGGACUAUGGUGAUAUUUACGAGCGUUCAAAAUCCAAUGGAUUAGAUAAACCAUUCGAACUUGGACCUGUUCCUAUUUUCAGACCCGCAGACAGAAUGGUUCUUCCCGUCUCUACUUUAGGUGUAAAGAUAGCCCCAUUAGUUGCUCCUGAAAUACUUGGGCCUAGUCAGGUUCAUUAUUUUUCAGAAAGGCCCUUUCACAAGUCUGUACAAGCUUUACUGUUGAGCUUCAAAACUCCUAAAUCAAUAAAGAGAAGGGUUAACAUUAUAACUCAAAGGGUCGCUCAGGCCGGACUCGCCACAAAAAUAGAAGCAGAUAUCUACAUCGAAUCUAUACUUAGCUUUCAUCCAGCAAGCUUAUUUGACUUUUACAAAUCGGAAAUUCCACGAAACUCACUCGAAGUAAACUGGAAAUCUCUAAAUUUCAAUGCAUUUUGUGAGAUAUUUUAUGGAUACAUUUCAUUGUUAGUCUUGGUAUUAAUUGUUCAAAUUAUUGAGCUAAUAAGUGUCUUGCUAUUCAAGCGUCAAAGGAUAAGAAAUACAAACUUAAUUGUUUGA